CUCUUCGCUUUCUCGGUUCUAGAUACGUUCCUUAAGCCUGCUACCUUCGCAACAUUUUCACGUCUUUUUCCAAGAGACACCGACUUAGUUUUAACACCUGGUGUGAACUACAUGACCCAGCAGUCACCGCGGCAGGCUGACUUCCGGGUCAAGAGGUCGGCGCUGGAUACAUCACCAUGGAAGCGAUCGGUUUGGUCACGUGGCGCCCCUGGUUACGCCUGGUGGUAGCCAGGGGGUCGGGGGCUUAGGCGGGGGCCAUUUUGCCUAAGGCUUCCGGAGUUGGGGGUGGUCGGGGACCUGGCUGAAGUUGCUGUUUCUCCUCCUUUGCAGCUUGGGACUUGGAGAGGAACAAGAAGGUUGGACUCCAUCAAGCGCUUCGGAGACGAUGGUUCUCUCUAGCCUCCGCCUCCUAAGGACCCUCCAUGGCGGCUGCGCCCUCCGCGCUGCUCCUGCUGCAUCCUCUUCCACCCCAGUGUUCCUAUCACCCCCAGAGCCGCAGUCUUCCUUCCGCUCCAGAGACUGAUGUAAGUCGAGGUGGGGGUACAAUGAGAGACGGGAAAAAUUACUGCUGCCCCGGAGCUUCUGGAGACCACGGUUCCUGUCCCCCUACACCUUCGCCUCUGGCCUCGACCCUCUUGAUGCCCGCAGAGGCCAUCUCAAGUAGUUGGAAUGGGUCUGGUGGUAGUUUGUCAGGGGGAGAUGAAGAGGAAUGUCGGCUCCUUCAACUAUUCCGGACCGCGCCGGAUCCUUCUGAGGCCUUCCAGGCUUUGCAGGCUGUUUUGCCUCGGCGGGGCGGUCGACUUGGCUUCCCCAGACGGAAGGAAGCGUUGUAUCGAGCCCUGGGUCGAGUGCUUGUAGAAGGGGAUAAUGAUGAGAAACGACUCUGCUUGCAACUCCUUUCGGAUGUUCUUCGGGGUCAGGGGGAGGCAGGCCAGCUGGAAGAGGCCUUUAGCUUAGCACUUCUGCCUCAGUUGGUUGUCUCUUUGCGGGAAGAGAAUCCAGCCCUGCGGAAAGAUGCGUUGCAGAUCCUACACAUAUGUCUGAAACGUAGUGCUGGACAGGUGCUGAGAACACUUAUACAGCAAGGAUUGGAAAGUACUGAUGCCCGGCUUAGAGCUUCCACAGCGCUCCUGUUCCCUAUCUUGCUUACCACUGAGGAUUUGUUGCUCGGCCUAGAUCUUACCGAGGUGAUAAUAUCCUUGGCCCGAAAGCUUGGCGAUCAGGAGAUAGAAGAAGAAUCUGAGACAGCUUUCUGUGCCCUUCAACAAAUUGGGGAGCGACUUGGCCAAGAGAAGUUUCAGUCCUAUAUCUCUCGCUUGCCGUCCGCCCUGAGGAGACACUACAAUCGCCGCCUGGAGUCCCAGUUUGGCAGUCAGGUUCCUUAUUAUUUGGAACUUGAAGCCUGUGGAUUUCCUGAAGAUCCCCUUCCCUGUGCAGUGACCACAUCCAACAGCAAUUUUAAAUUUGGGAUUAUUCCUCAGGAGCUUCAUUCAAGAUUGUUAGAUCAGGAAGAUUAUAAGAACCGGACUCAGGCCGUUGAAGAUUUAAAACAGGUGAUGGGACAAUUUAACGUUAGUUCUACCCCACAUUCUAGCCUUGUCAGUUUUAUUAGCUUGCUCUAUAAUUUGUUAGACGAUUCUAACUUCAGAGUGGUCCAUGGAACACUUCAGGUUCUGCAUUUACUGGUUAUUCGCCUUGGAGAGCAGGUGCAACACUUCUUGGGACCAGUUAUAGCAGCUUCUGUCAAAGUUCUGGCAGACAACAAGUUGGUGAUCAAACAAGAGUACAUGAAAAUCUUCCUCAAGCUAAUGAAGGAAGUAGGUCCUCAACAGGUGCUUUGUUUACUCCUUGAACAUCUCAAACAUAAGCAUUCCAGAGUGAGGGAGGAGGUGGUGAACAUUUGCAUUUGCUCCCUCUUGACUUAUCCCAGUGAGGAUUUUGACUUACCCAAACUGUCUUUUGAUCUUGCCCCAGCUCUUGUAGACAGCAAACGUAGGGUUCGCCAAGCAGCUCUCGAAGCCUUUGCUGUGUUGGCAUCAUCAAUGGGCUCAGGUAAAACCAGCACUCUUUUCAAAGCUGUGGAUACUGUUGAACUACAAGACAAUGGAGAUGGAGUGAUGAAUGCUGUGCAAGCCAGACUGGCUAGGAAAACCCUCCCAAGGUUAACAGAACAGGGAUUUGUAGAGUAUGCAAUACUCAUGCCAUCAUCUGCCCAGGGUAGGUCAAGCCAUGUGGCACAUGGAGCAGAUACAGACUGGCUUUUGGCUGGUAACAGAACUCAGAGUGCAUACUGCCACUGUGGUGACCACACAAGGGAUAGCAUGCAAAUUUAUGGAUCUUACAGUCCAACCGUCUGUACCCGAAGGGUUUUAAGUGCAGGAAAAGGAAAAAAUAAAUUACCAUGGGAAAACGAGCAGCCUGGAGUCAUGGGAGAAAACCAGACCUCCAAUUCCAAGGAUAUAGAACAGUUUUCAGCAUAUGAUUUCAUCCCAUCUUCAAAAUUAAAGCCCUCCCAAGGAAUGCCAGUCAGUGAUGAUUUAUGUUUUAGCAGAAAAAGAGUAUCAAGAAAUUUAUUUCAAAACAGUCGGGAUUUUAACUCAGAUUCACUUCCUGUAUGUGCUGCUGGCACUGCUGGAACGCAUCAGACAAAUCUUUCUGGGAAAUGUGGACAGCUUGGAUUUUCACAGAUACAUGGUAAAACUGGAAGUGUGGAUUCUGAUUUACAGUACCUGGGGACAACUAACAGUCAUCAAGAUAAAGCACCCCACAGUUCCUCCAGCGAUCCUCCUUUGUUCAUGUCCAUGGGUAAUGUGUUGUAUCCUAGCCUAAAUUUUGGCAGUAAGACACAGCAAACAUUUGGUAGUCAAACAGAGCGUACUUCAUCAUACUCUGGCCCAAAUCCAAGUCCAGGAGCCUACAUCCUUCCAUCCUAUCCUUUCUCAUCACCUCGAACUAGCCCAAAACACACAGCUCUUACUGUGUCUCCAAAGAAGUCUCAGGAUAAUUCUGUUAAUUUCUCAAAUUCUUGGCCUCUUAAAAGCUUUGAAGGAAUAUCAAAGCCAAGUCCUCAGAAAAAGGUUGUCAGCCAAAAAUCAUCUGGCCCCACAGGAAGAAAUGAUGGAGAAAAUUCUCAAGAAAAACCUUCUCCAGUUCAACUUACACCUGCUUUGGUGAGAUCACCAUCCUCCCGCCGGGGCCUGAAUGGGACUAAGCCUGUCCCUCCCAUACCAAGGGGAAUCAGCCUUCUGCCUGAUAAAGCCAGUUUAAGCACAGUGGGACCCAAAAAGAAAGAGUCUGAUGAUAUUUGGAAGAGUGAGAAAGAUAGUCUUAAAAUUGAUCUUUCAGAAUUAAAUAUCAAGGAUAAAGAUUUGGAUCAAGAAGAGAUGCAGAGCUCUCUUAGGUCCCUUCGUAACAGUGCAGCCAAGAAAAGAGCAAAAUUGAGCGGCAGUACGUCUGAUCUUGAAAGCCCUGAUUCUGCAAUUAAGCUCGACUUGACUGUGGAUUCUCCAUCUCGGUCUUCCUCUCCAAACAUCAGCUCUUACAGUGAAAGUGGAGUUUACAGCCAAGAAUCAUUGACUUCUUCUCUGUCUACUACUCCCCAGGGAAAGAGAAUAAUGUCAGAUGUAUUUCCAACAUUUGGAUCAAAACCUUGUGUAACAAGACUUUCUUCUACAAAGAAUAAAAUCUUCCAGAUAGCUGAACAAAGCCCCAGUAUAGGGAUUACAACAACCAAUGUAAGCAUAAUUGGUCAGCGUAUGAACUCUGGGUUUGGAUGUGGUGAUUUUGAAGAUAAUAGGUCAUAUGACAUUUCCUCUAGUGUUUUAAAAAUACAAAAUAAGGAACACCCAAGACAUAAGCAUACAAAAGGAUUUACAGGGUCAUCAUCAAAUUUACAACAAAUUUCCAGUUCUGACUUUACAUCCACAAAUACCUCAUCAGAAGAUUCAGUAGUAGUUGUUGGAAAAGGAGUAUUUGGAAGUCCAAAUUCAGCACCGGCAACCUGCAGCCAAUCAAUGACAUCUUCUGUGGAAAAUGGGGAUAAAUUCUCAGUUAAACAAAAUACUGAACCCCCAUCAGGGAUUUAUGGAAAAGCAGUUCAACAAAGUGUUCCAUCGUAUCUUGAUGUUAAGAAUGAAAAAGACAUCAAAAUUUCUGUUUCAAAAUGUACUUUUGACAAGAUAAAACAAAAGAGAAGAGAGGAAAAAGAGCCUUUUGACAUUAAAGAUUGUGAAAAGAAGGAACAGAAUCUUGGAGGACAAAUGAAACAUAUAGGAACUGAGAAAAUGGCAUCUGAAAACUUAAAUAUUUUUGAAGAUGAGGUGGGAAUAUCCAAAAAUGAGAGUUGCUCUUUAGAGAACAUUACUUUCAACCCUCUUUUCAAAGAUGGGGCCAGUUUUAAAAGGUCAUCAUCUUUAGUGUUCUCAGAUUCAGGCGAAUCAUCUGCUGCAGCCAUUCCACAGUAUAAAGAAAGGAUGCCUUCUGUCACUCAUAGUCCAGAAAUAAUGGAUUCAUCAGAACUACGACCAUUUUCUAAACCAGAAACAGCACUGAUAGAAGCCCUGAAGCUUUUAGCUGAUGAGGAUUGGGAGAAGAAAAUUGAGGGACUGAAUUUUAUUAGAUGCUUAGCUGCUUUCCAUUCUGAAAUAUUGAACACAAAGUUGCAUGAAACAAAUUUUGCAGUAGUUCAAGAGGUGAAAAAUUUACGCUCUGGCGUUUCUCGAGCUGCUGUGGUGUGUUUAAGUGAUCUUUUCACUUAUCUGAAAAAGAGCAUGGAUCAAGAACUAGAUACUACAGUGAAAGUUUUGUUGCAUAAGGCAGGAGAAUCAAACACAUUUAUAAGGGAAGAUGUUGACAAAGCCUUGAAAGCUAUGGUCAGUAGUGUGACUCCGGCACGUGCAGUUGUUUCUCUUAUCAAUGGAGGACAAAGCCAUUUACACACUGCAGUAAGAAAAUGUACAGCACAGCACCUAUCAGAUGUGUUGGGAUUUAUGGAGCUGGAUCAUAUUUUAUCUGGAACAAAAGAUAUGGCUGAUCGUAUAUUACCAGCCGCUGCUAAGUUUGCUCAGGACAGCUCACAAGAAACCAGGUAUUAUGGUCGAAAGAUGCUUUUCCUCAUGAUGUAUCAUCCUAAUUUUGAUAAAAUGCUGGAAAAGUAUGUCCCAUCUAAAGAUUUGCCAUAUAUUAAGGAAUCUGUUAAGAGCUUACGACACAAGGGUUUGGGUGAUUUACCACUAGAUACUCCUUCAGCAAAAGGAAGACGAUCUCAUACUGGUGGUGUUGGAAAUACAAGGUCAUCAUCUGUUUCUAGAGAUGUUUUCAAUUCAGCCGAAAGAGAGGUAACUGAAAUUCGCGAAGCCACCAGAAAAUCAGUUCCUCAUAAUUCCGUAGAAAGUGCUGAGUAUAUCAAAGUCAUAACAGGUUUACUAAAUGCAAAAGACUUUCGUGAUCGUAUUAAUGGGAUUAAGCAACUUUUAUCGGAUACUGAAAACAAUCAAGAGCUUGUUGUUGGAAACAUUGUAAAGAUUUUUGAUGCUUUUAAAUCUCGACUUCAUGAUUCUAAUAGCAAAGUAAAUCUGGUUGCUUUGGAAACAAUGCACAAAAUGAUUCCUUUACUUAGAGACAAUUUAUCUCCUAUAAUCAACAUGCUAAUUCCAGCAAUAGUCGAUAACAAUCUGAAUUCCAAGAAUCCAGGCAUCUAUGCUGCUGCCACAAAUGUUGUUCAGGCACUGAGUCAGCAUGUAGACAAUUACUUGCUUCUACAGCCAUUUUGCACAAAAGCUCAGUUUCUAAAUGGAAAAGCAAAACAGGAUAUGACUGAAAAGCUUGCUGAUAUUGUUAUGGAACUCUAUCAAAGAAAGCCCCAUGCCACAGAACAGAAAGUGUUGGUUGUUUUAUGGCAUCUCUUAGGGAACAUGACAAAUAGUGGCUCUCUGCCUGGAGCUGGAGGAAAUAUACGAAUAGCCACAGCUAAAUUAUCAAAAGCACUUUUUGCACAGAUGGGCCAGAAUCUGUUAAAUCAGGCUGCAUCUCAACCGCCACAUAUUAAAAAGAGUUUAGAGGAAUUGCUUAAUAUGACAAUUUGAAAUGAAUUACGAAUCUUUCAUGAAAUAUGGUAUGAGAAACAGAACUGUUUACAUGAUGUUAAAUGGAACAUUUAAAGUUACAUUUUCAGUGCCUGUACUUCUCAUUAGUAAGUUAAAUUAAUGGCUAUUUUUAUUUGUAGCCUGUAAGAAUACAUCUCUCCUAUAUCAAACGCACCACUUGUCCCAUCAAACAAAAACCUAAAAUAAUUAAUAUACCUUAAUACUCAUGAAAUCUGAGUCACAUGAAGUGAAUCCAAUUUUAGUAUUUUUGAGUAAACUCCUGCUCAUUUGCACUGUUCUAUAGAAAUCACAAUUUGUUGCCCUGUAUGUACAAUAAGAUUUGUAAUUAAAAAAUAUACUUUUUUAUUAUGUAAUCAUGUUCUUCUAUGUCUCAUUACUCAACUUUAUUUUAUGAAGUGGAAGAAAAGUCAUUGAAUUAUGUUAUCACAAAGUUUUGUGUGCUAUUUGAAAAGUAUGUAUUUCUCAUCAGUCUGCUAAUAUGAUUGUGCAGUAUUAGCUUGCUAUUGAUGUUUUGUGUUAAUGUGAAACAUUUGCUUACCACUUGGGUUUAAUCAUCUACAUAAUUGUGAAGCUUAACAAAUUAUAAUAAAGCAUGGCGACCAAAGUUUUAGAAAACAUUUAAACAUUUUAAAAAUGCACAUUUAAGAAAAUGUAUUGAAUGUAACUUCCCUGUUUUGGGGGCAAACACUAAAUUUUAUUUCUAUAUGUCCUGACAUUUAUAAAGGUGUUAUUUUGCUGCCCAGUUGUGUAAUUCUCAAAAAUAGUGCCAGGUCUUCUAUAGCUUUUCUCAGAAUUCUUGGGCUAUAAGUACUGUAUGCAUCUUAAAGAAAAGGAAUGUUAUAAAAUAAAAGGAUUUAUUUCUGUA